AUGCAGUUCACUAAAGGGCUGUCAGGUCAGUCUAAAACCUCAUAUAAUUAUAAGUCAACAAAACAUAUGAAAGAUGACAAAAAUAUCAGAAAUGGUCGCCGACCAAAAAUGCAGAUGGGUUCAGAUGGUAGAAAUGCAUGGAAACAGCUCAGAGCUGAGAUGCGGAAGGGUGGCCUUCAGUCCAAAGAGAAAAAAGCCAAGGCUGCCUUAAAAUCUGAUGGACGAGCCAGAGUCUCAAGUGGGCCAAAAUCUAUUUCACCAAAUAAAAUGGCCGCCAUGGAUGCCAAAUUUAAGACUCAGAGUCCAGAACCAACACGAAAAUUUCCACAAAUAUCGGACAUGAUUGAUCCAAUAAAAGCAGCCAAAGAAAACAGCACAAUGUUGGAUAUGACUGUCGCUCAAAAAUGGAAAUUGCCUGCAAUAAAAGGUGCUGGCACAAGAAAAGGGGGAUUUUUCGGUAGUUCUAUUGGUGGUUUAGAUGGUGGAUUCAGAAGAUCUUCUGACACCUCGGUGGCCAAAGGUCCACCAGAACAUACACUAGCAAUCCUGACUGAUAUUGCUCAGCAGAAAAAGAAGCGAAUACAGCAGGAGUUACGAGAUAAGCUAGAUGGAAUCAGCAGCCGAGUGAAAGCUGCACUGAUGAAUGCUGGGAUUGAUGAUGAUGAGGAUGAAGUCAAAAUGGAUAAGCAGAAGCUUGCAGGAACUCUUCAGAUGAUUUCCAUGGAAUCCAGAAAUAAAAGACAAAAGAUAGAUGAAAGGAAGGAUAUUAUUGGUAACAUCAAUGAAUAUCUGGGAUCUUGUAAAGAACGUUAUGGUUUGUUGGAUAAUGUGGCCACAUGGAUUGGUGUUGCUCAGGAUGAAUUGGAGAAAGAACUAAUCCCAAGUGAAGAGUAUGAUCAGGCCAUGACUGAAGCAGAUAUAGCUUACAAUGAUACAACAGAUGAUAUGUAUAUUUUUACUGAGAAUAUCCAAAGAUUUAAAAAUCUAAGUCAACUUGUUUUACGUCAAGUAAGAAAAAUCUUAGACAAGAAAGAAAAACAUCAAGCGCCUAAAAUUGUUGUUAUGGAUGAUCACACAUUGUUAAGUGGUAAAGUGAAAUGGGAAAAAGGAAUUUCUAGCGUAACCAAUCUGCUAGAAGAAGCUUCUAAAUGGGUUAAAGGAAUUCAACUUAGAAAUGCUAUUAAGAAUGGUAAAAAACAAUAUGCAUUUAUCGUCAAAGCCAUGGAUAGAAAGCUGAAUGAGUUAGCGAUAGCUACCAAAAACUUUGAAGAUUCCAAAAUAAAAUUAAGCUUAGCGAGUUCCAGGGAGGAAAGGUAUGUCAAGGACCAAUCAGAAGCUAGACGGGAAAUCUUGACCUUGAGAAAUUCCUUAGAUGAUCUUGCAAAUCAGUUGACAACUAUACAUGGGUAUAAAUAUUUGGGGUUUGAUUAUUUAUUGAUUAAGAGGUUUUUACAAGGACCAGCUGGUAAAAAGGAUCCUUUGCAAACCUAA